AUGGCUGCUUGGACGAGGCCACGGUACAGCACCGUGCACGACAGGCGCAGCUGCGGGGAACAGACACACACUCGCUGCCACCACUGUCCUCCGCGGAGCUCCGUAGCUGGCGUCCACCAGCGACACCACCGCCAUCAUGCGCGGUCGAUGGAGCCUUGCGCCCGAUUUUGUGGUGCGGCACCGUCGCGGGAACGUUGUGGUAAGUCGCGAACGCGCAGUGAGGCGCACUUCUUGCAUGAGGCGACUUUGCGGCCGUCGCGUUCUCCUACGUCCAUGAGAGCUACGAGGAAGCAUGAUGCUACGCGCACCUCACCGUAUGCAUUGGAUAGGGCUCAGAUGUUGGAUGCUGUGCUGGCUCUUUCCUCGGCUCUUUACGAGGACGAGGCCGCCACGACGGCUGCCCGCGUUGAUGAUGCCAAGGCGUCGUGUAAUGCUGCCGAACACCCCGUCUCCUCUCUACAUGUGUCCCCUGUGACAUCGUCCGGUGCUCUUGGUAAGCUGGAAGGGGUGACGGUGACUCCGGAGAAUGCGUAUGCGUCUCUCGACGCGGAGGACUUAAUGACGUCCAUGGACGCGUGCUCUGAGGGAUGUGGUGACAAGCGGGACACGCGUACACUGCACAUCGAUCUCGCUACCAACGCCCCGGCGCCUUCUCUCUCGAGCGCCGUUAUAGCGCAGCCUUCAAGUACUGGUACGACCUCUUCUUCCAUCGUGGCUACCUUCGCUGCCCGUGACGUCCCGCUCGAACGCAAGUUGCUCCAAUUCAUGGACCUGUGCAGCAACGCAAGCGCGACGCCACACCUAAGCGACGACCACAGCGAUGCGGCGUCGCAGCUACCUUGGAAUGGCGGAGCAGGAGCGCGAGCCGGCGACAGUAGGAGGGAUCGCACCACUUCUUCCGCUGUCACCGCAUGGUCUUCGUCCGCUGCUGCAGCGCUGAUAUUGCCAGGGCUGGACAUGAAGGCCAUCCUGGCACAUGGUGUGCUGGAAAAUCGUCAUCUGCGCGGGCUCUCUCUCGUUCGGUGCGACUUCUCGCUGGUGCGGUGGUCGCACGUGACGCUGGAGGACUGCGACCUCUCGCGCAGCCUCUUCUACGGAGCCAAGCUGGGCACCGUGGUUUUUCGUCGCUGCAACUUCACAGGUUGCAUCCUGAAAGGCGUCCAGUGCCGCUCAUCCCGGUCCACCACGACCCGCUUUGAGGACUGCAAUUUCCGUCUUGCCGCUGUUGGGCUAACGUGCAUCCCACACGACUCGGAGCGGGCGGGUACAGACGCCAAUCAAGGCCAGGGCAUCAUCGGUAGCAGCAGCCGCCGUGGCGGCCCAUCGGUGUGCUUCCUUCGUUGCAACUUCGACCUCAGCGACUUUAAGUUCAGCCAAGGCCUUGACAAGGCCAAGUUUGUGAAGUGCAGCAAUACGCGUUCGGCCUCGUGUUUCCCUCUCCGUGCUCGUGGGGGCGUAGGCUGA